AUGGAGGUUGUAAUUCCACCAAGAGCUCAUGGGCCACCCUAUAGAUAUACAUAUGAUGAGAAUGGCGAGGUUGAAAAAAUAGAAAGGGUGCGUGAGGAAAACAGGAGAGCCAGCGAACAAGAACAGAGACAAAGCACAGUCAGCAGACAAACGGUACAAUGGCCUUUUCUUCGUCACCAGAGUUCUGCUUCCGACGUGGCCUCAUCGAGGCCGUUCACUGGCUUCACGGGAAGCUUCCCCUCGACUUUUCCCACGGAGAGAGAGCCGCCGAGGAGGGCGACAUGGGCGCCGGGCAAGCGCAAUUCCACAACCACCAUACUCGAAAAUAUCGUUCCAGACUACAUUGUCAACUACAUCAGAGGAGAGACGCCCGAGACCAUGGCAAGGAAGAGGGAAGAGAAAAAGAGACAAACGGAAGGCGGCGAGCUCGAGUCACAAGUGCCCGAAGAAUAUGCAGAGGAGGUAUUUUACCACGAAGCGACCACACACAGCAUGUCAACAGCCUCAAUGAGCGAGGACUUGGAGCGAAUCGUGCCGCGGCGCCGGGAGAGGCACAGCGGACAAAGUUCUUUUAGCAGGAUGAAAUCAGGAUGGAGGGCUGGCAUCGCACUGAAUAUCGUCAUCGGGUUUGUCAUCCUCAUUGUCGCCAUCGUUUGUCUGGUUCUUGCACUGGUGGUGGUCGGCAUGAUCAGAGGCGAGAGCAAGCUUUUCGGAGGCUCUUGUUCCAAGUCAGAGGAUAUCAAGAUCGGGCUCUUUGUAGCCAUAAACGUCAUUACCAUCAUCCUCCUCGCCACCGCCAAUUACGUCUUUCAGGUUCUGAGUAGUCCGACACGCAUCGAGAUCGAGAUGGCACACGAUGCGCACCGCUGGGUCGAUAUUGGAGUUCCUUCGUUGAGGAACUUGCGCUUUGUUUCUAACCCUAGGGUUGUUCUGACGGUCAUCAUUAUGUUGGCGGCCGUCAGCACCCAGGUAAUAUAUAAUGCCGUAAUCUUUACAACACAGCCUGCCUUCGCUCACGAAGUCGCCUUCGUUACCGAAAACUUCCUCUCCUCUGGCCAGUUUAGCAACGCGUCCGCAACCAACGCCGGUGGGCUUCCCAGGAUUGAGAUCCUAAACCUUCAGGACCAGGCUUCUCGUGGGCAACUGACGAACCUCACCACCACCGACUGUUUGGAGAAGUUUAGUGGCAUGUUUCAGUCUGACUUCAGCGCAGUUGUGCUGGUUACUGAUAGCCCCUCGACCAGCAACUCUCUCGUUCAGACUGCCGCGUCAGGAUCUUCACUCGCGCAAUUCGUUGACCCAGCAAACCCCUCUGUCAUCAAGGUCGGCGAUUCAACAGUGCAGUACUGCCUGGUUCGUUCCGAGUUGCCCGAGUCGUGCUCCGUGGUUCUCAACGGCUCCCUUCUCGGCGUCAUUGCCAUUCUCAAUCUCGUCUCAGUCUCGGCGAUUGGUGCCGUCUAUUUUUUCACGGGGUUCGAGCCUCUCGUCACCCUUGGCGACGCCCUCGCAUCUUUCAUCACUCAGCCAGAUCAUAGCACCAAGGGCUCCUGCCUGCUCGAUAAGAAAGACGUUAAACAAGGCCGAUGGGGGUACAGUGAAGCCAAGUACUGGAUCUCUAAGGACCACUUCUGGUUCCAGACCCCCAGCUUGUCUCUCUGGGCAGUCUGGUUCCUCACUUGGGCCGUGCCAGCUGGUCUCGCAGCCGCGGCGCUCGGUGUACCUCUCAGCAAAGAUCCUUCUGCCAGCCUCAGUCCCUUUGGCCGCUCCCCAGACCAAGAGUUGUUUAUCCUCCCCAGCGGAGGUGCCCGCGCAGGCUUCGCCCUCAUCGCCGCCCUCCCCCAUCUUCUUCUCGCGGCUCUCUACCUGUCUACCAACGCUCUCCUAUCCACCUACUUCGUCUCCCACGAGAUGAGCCAGUUCGCGUUGCCAGGCCUCACCCUGCCUCUGCGUGUCAGCUCUGGUCGGCCCAUGGGCGCGCAGACGACAAGCCUAUACCUGACCCUCCCACGCCCGUACUCCUGGCUUCUCCUCGCUCUUUUCACCGCUGCGGGCUUCGCGCUCAGCCAAGCCGUUGUUGUCGUUUCCGUGGACAUGCUUCCCGCAGCCAAAGGCGUACGCUUCCCCGCGCCACUCAACGGCGUUGGCUUCAGCGGUGUAGGCCUCCUGGCCUUUCUGGCUCUCCUCAUUCUGAUCGCGGGUCUGGUCCUUGGCCUUGGUCUCCGCCGCGCGGAUCCUACGCCCACACGUGUCGACGGCGUGCCGGCCGGGAACCCGCUUGUCUUGAAGGGCGGGAGCUGCUCCGCUGUCAUCAGCGCACGGUGCCAUCGGUCACCGGACGACAUCAGCGCUGCCUUCCGCGAGGUUGCUUGGGGUGUUCUCCACGAGGGCACCGGAACCAAUUUCGGACACGCAGCAUUUUCAAGCCUGCCCGUUACCGUGCUCAACCCCAUCAAGAGCUACGCUUAG